AUGAGGCUUUAUGAUAGCAACCUUUCGGAUCGCGGGGCGAACUAUGCCCUGCCAAUUAACAAGAAUCACCUCCUUGACAUGCUGCGAGAUGCAUGGCAUCCGGUUCAGAAUCCCUCGGGCUUUUUGAGCCUAGGUGUUGCUGAAAAUACACUCAUGCACAAAGAGCUUAUCAAUUAUAUCAUCUCAACCUUCACCAUAGAUAGCCAUGGUCUAGGUUACGGCGACAGCUUCUUUGGAAGCCAUCGACUCCGAGAAGUCCUGGCCAACUUUUUGACUUCCUUUUUCAAGCCACACGCCCCUAUCCGCCCAAAUCAUUUAAUUGUCACAUCCGGCGUGAGCGCAGCUAUUGAGGCUUGUGCAUUUUCUCUCUGCGACCAGGGUGAUGGUGUGCUACUAGCCCGGCCUUUCUACAAAGCUUUCCCAUACAACCUUUUAAAUCGAGCAGGAGUGCGCCACGUCCCAGUUUCAUUCAACGGAGACGACCAUAUCACGAUAGAUGGCAUCGCCGCUUAUGAGCGAGCGCUACUGGAGUCACGCGAAAAGGGCGUCCCAGUCAAAGCGCUCUUGCUCUGCAACCCACAUAACCUCCUGGCGGGCGUGUGGCUGGAAGUGCCACACGACUCCGUAUUCCAACUAUCGCAACAUAACCCUUCAGGUCGCUGCGCUUCCCGCGAACUCUUGCAGGAGUACAUGCGAUUUUGUCAAAAGUACAACCUCCAUCUAAUCAGUGAUGAGAUUUACGGCCUUUCAGUUUGGGAAAACCCAGAGAUUCCCCAUGCUCCAACUUUCCAUUCUGUCUUGUCUAUUGACCCCACUGGUCUGAUCAACCCCGCCCUUGUACAUGUCUUAUGGGGCAUGAGUAAGGACUUUGGGGCAAACGGCCUGAGGUUGGGCUGUGUGGUCAGUCAACACAAUAAGGAUUUUCUUCAGGCCUUGGAGACCAACUCGAUAUUUACUUGUCCGUCGUCUCUUUCUGACCGUGUCACCGCUUCCAUCCUCUCAAAUACCGAUUUUGUGAACAGCUACCUCAACUCCAACCAGGCCUUGCUAGCUGCGAAGUACAAAAAAACUAUUGACUUCCUCGGGCAUCACGGAAUAUCACAAAAACCCAGCAACGCAGGUUUCUUUGUGUGGGCUGACCUCUUCACCUUCUGGUCUCCACGACUGGGAUCCAGGACGAAGGCGGAUGAGGCUUUGGGUGAAGCUGCGGAGCAUCAGUGGGCUUUGGAGGAGCGACUGAAUGCCACUCUGCUUUCCAACAAGGUGUUUUUGGCCGCCGGCAGCACAUUCAGGACCGAGGAGGCCGGUUGGUUUCGUAUAACUUUCGCUCAUGAUCAGGGUUACUUGGACGAGGGACUUAAACGGAUUCUGAAAAGUCUUGAAGAGUUCAAGAAUACGGAAACGCCGGGGGAAUGA